UUAAUCAACCAUCCUCCUGCUAAAUCAAAAUUUACUAGAUAUUUUUUGUUUGUAAAUAGGUGUUUUAAAUUGGUAGCAAUUUUCUAGCAUAUUUUAUACAUUUGAUAUGGGAGAUACAGAAGAUGACAUAUUUAAACAAGUGAAUUUUGAUGACCUAGGGGAAAUCGAUUGGGGCUGCAUAUUUGAUGAAUUACCUUCUUUAGCCACCGAAUCGUCAUCGUCGCCUGAAGAUGUACUCACCUCUUCCUCUGAUUCGCUAUCUACAUGGAUUGGGCAGGUGGAAAGCAUGUUGAUGAACGACAACGACAAUUUAGAAGCGGCGGACGCGGAGCCACCUAAUCAAAAUUGCGAUGAGUUUUUAGCUGAUCUAUCAGUUGCUGAUGAUGCUCAUGUUGCUCUUCUUCACAAGGAUUCGAGUGUUUCCGAUGGUCCUUAUGAGACGGAUAAGGAGGGCGAGAAGAUAGUUGAUGAUGGUAAGGUAGACAACGAUAGUGAAGACCCCGACGGUCCUAUCUCUAAGAAACUGAGAAGGCAGUUGAGAAAUAGGGAUGCCGCGGUUAGAUCAAGGGAGAGGAAGAAGAUGUAUGUGAAGGAUCUGGAGAUGAAGAGUAGGUAUAUGGAGGGGGAAUGUAGAAGACUGGGGCGGUUGCUUCAGUGUGUUAUCGCUGAGAAUCAAGCUCUGCGUCUUGGAUUGCACAGUGGCAAUGCAUAUGGUGUCACUUCGACCAAGCAGGAGUCUGCUGUGCUCUUGUUGGAAUCCCUGCUGCUGGGUUCCCUGCUUUGGUUGGUGGGCAUCAUGUGCCUAUUCACCCUGCCCACGGUGCCUCAGUUAACGCUGGGGGUACUUGUGCCCGAAAAUGUGGAAAAGAAAAGACUAGAAAGAGGAGCAGGAAGUAAGAUGUUUAUGCAGUCUUUGUUGAAGAGUAGGAAAUGUAAAGCGUCGAGGACAAGAAUGAAAGAAGGAUCUCUGUCUUUGAAGUCUUGUUAGGAGGCUUCUGUGCAUCAUGCUUUUUGAUGGAAUGGGGAAAGUUGUAAUAAAUAAUCAAAACUGUUGGAUUGUUUUGAUGAGCUAAAGCAGAAAUAUUUUCCCCUGUGCUGACUAUUUGUUUUGAUUAUAUGUUAAUUAUUGUAUUCGCUUUUUGGAGGUGAAA